GCGCGCGUGCCUGGCGCCGCCGCCACAACUACCGCAGCGGAAGCUCCUCCCACUUCCCUUCCUCCUCCUCCUCCCUCCCCUCGCCCGCGGCGGCAUCUGGCCGGUGAGUCGGUCCGUCAGUCCCGUCAGUGAGCGAGCGAGCGAGCGAGCGAGCGUCGGGCUGCGUAGGCGCGAGAGGAGAGAGGAGGGCCGAGCAACGCUGAGACUCCCGACUAGCCAUGGCGGCCGAGCUGAGCGACAUGGCGGAGCCUCCCCCGCUGGGGGUGCUGCCGCCGCCGCCUCCUCCCUCUUCAUCGGGCGCUGAGGAGGCCGAGAGCGAAGCCUCCCCUUCGGCCGAGAUGGAGGCCGAGCCGUCGCCGUCGCCGCCGCUGCUGCUGCCGCCGCCUCAGCCCCUCCUGAGCGGCGGCGAAGGCGCGGAGAGCAUGUCGGAGCCGAGCCCUCAGAGCGCCAGCCAGGCGGGCGACGGCGACGACGAGGACGAGGGCGACGACGAGGAGGAGGACGACGACGACGACGAGGCCGAGGCCGGCAGCAGCGCCGGGUCCUCCUCCUCCUCCUCCUCCAGCGGCUGCUGCAGCGACGAGACCCGCUCGCUCAGCCCCGGAGGCAGCGAGGCCGACGCCAAGGCCGGCCCGGGAGGAGGAGCAGGGGGCGGAGGGAGCGCGGGCGACGGGCCCGGGGGCAGCGGAGGAGGCGGAGGCCCGGCAGCGGCCGGAGCGGCGGCUGGAGGCGGAGGCCCGAGCGGCGGCGGGUGCAACAGCAGCUCCAGCGCGGGCGGCGGAGACGAAGGUUACAGCACCGGGAGCGGAGGAGGAGGAGGAAGCGGCGGCAGCAGCACCUGCAGCGCCUCGUCGGCAGGCCGGAGGGGCAGCCUCGAGAUCUCCUCCGACGGGGAGCCGCUCAGCCGCAUGGACUCCGAAGACAGCAUCAGCAGUACCAUAAUGGAUGUAGACAGCACAAUUUCCAGUGGACGUUCAACUCCAGUUAUGAUGAAUGGACAAGGAGUUACAGCUUCAUCAGGAAAAAGUAUUGCUUAUAACUGCUGUUGGGACCAGUGCCAUUCUUGCUUCAACUCAAGCCCAGAUCUGGCAGACCACAUUCGCUCCAUACAUGUAGACGGCCAGCGAGGAGGGGUAUUUGUUUGCUUAUGGAAAGGCUGCAAAGUAUAUAACACCCCGUCAACAAGUCAGAGCUGGUUGCAGAGGCACAUGCUGACGCACAGUGGUGACAAACCAUUUAAGUGUGUCGUUGGAGGGUGCAAUGCGAGCUUUGCGUCUCAGAGUGGGUUGGCUCGUCACGUGCCAACACAUUUCAGCCAGCAGAAUUCUUCAAAAGUUACCAACCAGCCAAAGGCUAAAGAAGAAUCUCCUUCUAAAGCUGGAAUGAACAAAAGAAGGAAGUUAAAGAACAAGCGGAGGCGCUCUUUACCAAGACCACAUGACUUCUUUGAUGCGCAGACUCUGGACGCCAUACGACAUCGAGCUAUCUGCUUCAACCUUUCUGCUCACAUAGAAAGUUUAGGAAAAGGCCACAGUGUCGUAUUUCACAGUACUGUAAUAGCUAAGAGAAAAGAGGAGUCUGGAAAGAUAAAGCUGCUACUUCACUGGACACCAGAGGAUAUUCUUCCUGAUGUGUGGGUAAAUGAAAGUGAGCGACAUCAGUUAAAAACUAAAGUAGUUCAUUUAUCAAAACUACCAAAAGAUGCUGCCUUGCUUCUGGACCCAAACAUAUACAGAAAGUCUAGUAAAGGAGGUACACACAGUGGAAUCCUGAAAGAUCACUUCUGUUAAGAUCAUGCUGAACAAUGCCACAGAAGAGGUUGAAGAGGUAAAAACGAGCUCAGCGCGGGCACCUCAUCUAUCAUCUUCUUCACUGACGGUGGAAUUAGAAUUGAAAAUGCACAUUAGUCAAGCCCCUCCACCUUACACUCUUCCCCUGUGCCCAGCUGCCACCAACUAUUUACGCUUGGCAAACCAUUCUGUGAAUGAAUUCGGUGCAUCUAUGGAAUAUAUUAUAUACAUGGAACAGAUCCUAUAUAUCUGUACGAUGGGAGAUGAGGAAAGCAAAAUAUACCGGCAGUAUAGUGGGUGUUCUCAAAGGCUUUGCAUGCUUGCGGCUUUUAUUUUAGCAACCUCUCCCACCCCACCCCCCUGGCGUAGCCUGUAUCGGAUGAACUGGCAAUUAAUACAUUGCCCUGUACAACCCUCCCUGCGGUGGUGGUUGUUGGGUUUUUUUUUGUAAGCAAGCUUCUUGGGAUCUUGUCAUUUGGUAAAUGAAAUAAAUACACACUAGAGAGGGAGCUCUUCUCUCAAGAUUAUGGUGCGGAGUAAUCCAUUGUCACUUUCGUGAACUUGUCGUCGCAUAACAAGUGGUGGUAUCAUGUUUAAGCAAAAUGGUGGUGGCAUAUUUUCAUUUCUGGUGGAAUAUACGUUCAAGAGGAACAGGUGGGUGUUAAGUGUUGCUGUAUAUCUGAUCCUCUCCAUAAGGACUAUUACUGUAUGUUAGUAAGACUUAACUUUAAUAACCUCUACAGAAGAAGGUAGCAAUGUUGUUUUGUUUACUACUUGGCCUUUAAAACUCCUCUUUGCUACUAAAGAAAUCUCCCUUCUCCUUCCCCCUCCUUUUGGCCUAAAUUUUUCUAGUUGUAAAAAAAUUGUAUUUUUUAAAAAAGAAGCAUUUAAAAAUUCAAUCGUUUAUGCACCAAAGUUGGCUAUGAAAAGGAAAUUAAAUUGCUUCCUGGCUUUACUAAGCAAGAAAUUAUGGACUUCUUUUAACCUACAGGAAUAGAAAAAAUAUGUGUUACCAUGUUCGUCUUAUAUGGAGACAAAAGAGAGAGAGAGAAAUAGAUAAUGGGACAUUGCUUGUAAAAUAAUUUUGCAGAUUUGUAAUAUAUUUUUAUAUUAUGAAAUGUAUUGUAGAUGUUUUUUCUAGAGGCAUGGAAGUUGAGAUGUAUAUAUUAUGGUAGAAAUAAUAUGGAAGGAUAUUGUAAUUCAUUAGUGCUGCCAGAAGAAUUUGUUUAAAAGCAAGCACCUUUCCUAACAAUAAAAAAAAAAUGUCUCUUGGAUUUCUAAGAGCCUAUAUACUACUGUUGUAAAAACAAAAAACACAUUGAACAUCCUUCCAGAAAUCCUUCGGAUUUUUACAGCGCUCAUUGCUGGUAAGGGAUAUGAAAUCAUUCUUUUCCUUGCUUGUUGGAAGGAACAAAUGUAAAAAUAAUAAUAAUUAUAUGGUGGCUAUAUGCAGUCAAACUGCAUGAUUAACCCUCCAUGUUUAGGAGGAUUUUUUUUUUAUUUUUUUUUGCAUUACUACAGUGAAUAUAAAUACCAGCUGUUUUUACACUAAUUUUUUUAUUAUUAAAUAUCAAAAAACAAAACUCUAGACUCUCUGCUUGGAGAACUUAGCUUUUCCAAUACCAUAAAUUGGGGUCUACCUUAAUGAAGAUGAGAUGCUUGCUUGGGUCCCAUUGAGUCUAGAAUGGUCUAUAUACAUUUGAAUUUCUUAUCAAUGUGUGGAUUAUAAGCACCACUAACAUGGAAUGGUUCUGGAAUAGUCAUUUAAUAAUGGUAUUUCAUAAAGAUCUGUAGCAAUGUUACUAUUUAAAAAAAAUGCAGUUCGUUAUUUUUAUUUCUUAUUUUUUAAUUUUGCUUGAGCACUUCAGUUACCGCUUAAACGUAUAUGGUCAUCUGCAAUUACUUUGAUUCUUUAAAAAAAAAAAAGUUAUAAAAUUGCCAAAUAGGUGUUUUCAGAUAUAGUUUGUAUUUGUAUUUUUUAAUUUUAUUUCUUUUUGCAUUCAUUGUAUACCAUUCUUAAUUGACAGAUGAUUGUAGACCCUGCCUGAGUAUUUUUUUCUAAUAAAACAACGCAAAUAUAA